GAUGACAAGUAUAAUUUGGCAGAAACAAUACUCGACGCCGCAUAUUUGCUUAAUUUCAUACAAAAAAUUGUCUAUACUUUCAAAUUAAUAUAAAAUGGCGCGUCGCUAUGAUUCCCGCACAACUAUCUUUUCGCCCGAGGGUCGCCUCUACCAAGUGGAGUACGCCAUGGAGGCCAUAUCCCAUGCCGGCACAUGCCUGGGCAUUCUGGCAGAGGACGGUAUUGUGCUUGCAGCCGAAUGCCGCAGCACAAACAAGUUGCUAGACAACGCUAUUCCAUCCGAAAAGAUUUACCGGCUGAAUGAAAAUAUGGUCUGCUCCGUGGCGGGCAUUACGUCCGAUGCAAAUGUGUUGACCUCCGAGCUGCGUUUGAUCGCCCAGCGCUAUCAGUUCAGCUAUGGCGAGGUGAUUCCAUGCGAGCAGCUCGUCUCCCACUUGUGCGACAUCAAGCAGGCGUACACUCAAUACGGCGGCAAGCGCCCCUUCGGCGUGUCGUUGCUCUACAUGGGCUGGGAUAGCAAGUAUGGCUAUCAGCUAUAUCAGUCCGAUCCCAGUGGCAAUUAUGGAGGCUGGAAGGCCACUUGCAUUGGCAACAACUUUGGUGCCGCGAUUUCUAUGCUAAAGCAGGAGCUGGCCGACAAGGACAACAUUAAGUUGGAUGAGGCCAAGGAUUUGGCCAUCAAGGUUCUGAGCAAGACUUUGGACACAACAAAGCUGACCACAGAGAAGGUCGAAAUGGCCACUUUGCAGCGCAUUAACAACACAACGGUGUACAGCGUUCUGGAAAAGCCCGAUGUGGAGAAGUUAAUUGAGAAAUACAACAAGUUGGAGGCUGAAGCAGAAGCCGCUAAGAAAGAGAAGCAAGCUCAGCAACAGUCGAAAUCCUAAGCAGUCUGUGUUGCAUGAGAUGGUACAUGAAUAACUUGUAAUUAGAAUGGAAAAAGUUAAUUUUGUAUAUGAAAUAAAAUUUCAAAAUUA